AUGGCGUUGUCGAGUCCUUCAGCUUCUACGUCAUCAUCCUCACAGCUGGUGCUUCCUUAUAUGAACACAACCACUGCUACUUCGCCCGUUGUGGCUGGCCAUCGUGGGUUCAAAAGCUCAUACACUGAAAAUACGUUGCUUGGAUUUGGCAAAUGUUUUGAGUCAGGUGCUACUAUUAUCGAAACUGAUUUAUGGCUCAGUUCAGAUAAUGUCAUUGUAAUAUCUCAUGAUAUCUCAACCAAGCGAAUAUUUGUUGAUCAAGAGGGAAAUGAAACAAAUUACAAAGUGACAAAGACUCCAUACGACCCCAUAUUGAAGAAUCUCAAGACUAAAGAAGGUGGAUAUCCUUUACUUUCAUUUGUCGAUGUAUUAUAUUGGUUCAAACGGUAUAUUGACUCAACUGGAUCCAAUGAGCACAAGUUACAAUUGGAUAUCAAAAAAUUCAACCCGGUUAAAAUCACCAAAUACUUGAUUCAGGAUUUGUUAAAAGUACAUAAUGAUUUAUCGUGGUGGUAUCAUCGCUUGCAAUUUGGCUUGUGGGAUUUAUCAUUCUUGAAGUAUUUGAAUCAAGAUGAGUUUUUCCAGGAUAAAUUCCACAAUGUGAAUGAGUUUGGGUAUAACCAGUUUGAUGUUUUCCACAUUAGUCUCAAUUGGAGAGAUUCAAUCAAUUACAUCAAUUACAAUUUAUAUUUGGAUGAAACUACACCAAAGGAUAGAGUCAAGAUUAAAUUGACUGGGGUGUCGUUGCUUUAUAUCGCCACUUGGUCAACUGAAUUUCUCACCAAGUUUGUCCCACUUUUACAGAUUCAGAGUCUAAAGCUUUAUUCAUGGACAAUCAAUAACAAGUUCCAAUUUGAGUAUCUUGUUAAAGUGGGGAAAUUGGCGAAAUUGGUUGAAUACGGAGUCAUUUCCGAUCAUCCUGACUUGAUGGUGAAGUACAAGAACCAUGAAGAUGCAGAAAGCGAUACUGAUGUUGAAAAUGAACUGGAGUUGGAGCAAAAACCACUUGUUGCUUACGAGAGUAGGAAUUUCUACUAUAAUGAAGACGGCGAGUUGAAUGUCGAGUUGACGUGGAAUCAACAUAUCCUUCAUUGGUUGUAUAAACAAUUUAUGGCAUUGAAUGGAUCACAACGCAAAAUCACCACUGAUGGUCAACGAUUUGCUGCUAAAGUUGAUGAGAAUGAAGUGAAUGAAGCUAAACCAAAUGCCGUGGUUGCUUAUCUUUUCCAAAAAUGUCAAAAGUAUGGUAUCUUUUAG